GCGGCUGGCGUGGAGGUGUGGCGGCGAGGCUCCGCGCGAGGGAGCGCGGGGUAGCGGCGGGCGGGGGCCGGAGGGCGGCUGCGGAGGGUGGCUGGGCUUUCUGCGGGAUCUGUCCUUGCCGGGAGGCCGCCUCGGCCCCUCCGCGUCGCGUCUCCCGGCCCGGCUGUACCUCGGCGCGGCGGGUCCGCCCCGGGCUUCGGCUCCGUCCCUCCGGCGGCCGCUGCGCUCGGCGGCUCCGUCCCUCCGGCGGCCGCUGCGCUCGGCGGCUCCGUCCCUCCGGCGGCCGCUGCGCUCGGCGGCUCCGUCCCUCCGGCGGCCGCUGCGCUCGGCGGCUCCGUCCCUCCGGCGGCCGCUGCGCUCGGCGGCUCCGUCCCUCCGGCGGCCGCUGCGCUCGGCGGCUCCGUCCCUCCGGCGGCCGCUGCGCUCGGCGGCUCCGUCCCUCCGGCGGCCGCUGCGCUCGGCGGCUCCGUCCCUCCGGCGGCCGCUGCGCUCGGCCCUGUAGUGCCGCCGCCGCGCGCCGCCUCCCGGCGCUGGCCUCCGUGGUGCGGGUCGUCCUGGGCCUCGGUUCGUGAAGGCUCAGCGGGGCCGAGCGGCCUUGUCUCCGUCCUUUUUGCCGUGACCGUAGCAGCUUAAGGCUAAGUAAGCGUCCGAGUUGUUUGAAACAAUUACUGUGAAGCGCCGUGUGUCCUGGUGGCAAAAUGGGAUUCCGUUCUAAAUUGCACUGGGUGGCACCCGUCCGUUCCUUCUCUGCUUGAAUCGAAUACUCCGUAAAUCGGAAAGAAUAAAGUUUCUAUUUGCUGUGUGGAGAAUGGACUGGAAAAGAGAAAGAAGUGGGAGUUCGUGCAGGAAGCUGUUGCAGAAGCCCAGAGUUGCAGUACCUUUUUGGUACUUCGUGGCAGAAUGUUUUCAAACCCAUGCCUGGGACCAACCAGGACACUGAGUGACCCAGGUGUCUGGGUGGAGGCCUGAGCGGGGAGAACGAAGGCGCUCCUGGAAGGAACCUGCAGAGGAUAGCAGCAUGGACGGGAAAGCCCAGGACAGCAGCAGAAGCCUUCCCCGCAGAGCAGUGCCCCCAGCCGUGGGGCUGCUGCUCUCUAUGGCUCUCAUGAAUGCUCUCCUCUACCUCUGCCUUGACUGGUUUUUCAUCGCCCCUCCCCACUCCACUCCGGGCUCCACCCACUGUCCCCACGGACAUUUCAGAAUGGGACAGAUGAAAAACUGUUCACCGUGGCUGUCCUGCGAGGAGCUGAGGACAGAAGUGAGGCAGCUGAAGCGUGUUGGGGAAGGAGCCGUGAAGAGAGUCUUUCUGUCUGAGUGGAAGGAGCGCAAAGUGGCGCUCUCACGGCUCUCCCAGCUGGAGAUGAAAGAGGAUUUCCUGCACGGGCUGGAGAUGCUGAAAGGUCUACAGAGUAAACACGUGGUCACCCUGCUCGGCUUCUGUGAGGACGACAACACUAUCCUUACUGAAUAUCACCCCUUGGGCUCCUUGAGCAAUCUGGAAGCAACACUGAACCUUUCCAAGUACCAGAACGUGAACACGUGGCAACGCAGGCUACAACUGGCUGUGGACUACGUCAGUAUCAUCAACUACUUGCACCACAGCCCCCUGGGCACACGCGUCAUGUGCGACUCCAACGACCUGCCCAAGACGCUGUCACAGUAUCUGCUGACCAGUAACUUCAGCCUCGUGGUGAAUGACCUGGACGCCUUGCCCCUGGUGAACCACAGCUCUGGGACGUUGGUGAAGUGUGGCCACCGGGAGCUGCAUGGAGACUUCGUGGCUCCAGAGCAGCUGUGGCCCUAUGGGGAAGACACGCCUUUUGACGAUGACCUCAUGCCCUCCUAUGACGAGAAGAUUGACAUCUGGAAGAUUCCAGAUGUCUCUAGCUUCCUUUUGGGGCAUGUUGAAGGGAGCGAUAUGGUCCGGUUUCAUUUGUUUGAUAUUCAUAAAGCCUGUAAGAGCCAGACGCCUGCAGAACGACCGACAGCUCAGGAUAUUCUAGACACUUACAAGAAGGUUUUGAAUUUACUCAGAGAUACCAUGGUGUCCCAGACAAGAGAAAUGCUCUAGAAACCCGUCCUGUCAGUGAAGGAUGGGAACAAAUGGAAGAGAUGCAGCAAAUCUCGCUCUGAUGGUGAGGGUUUUGCUGUUCAGCUGUGUGGUCCUUCCUCUGCGUCCAUGUGUACCCGUGAGUGGCGUUCACCCCCCGGGGACCAGGGCAGAAGUUGCUGCAGGCACACUGGGUUUGGCUGAAGUCCGGCCUCCCUCUCUCAUGCUGAUCACUCCCAGUGGAAGACGAGAGAAGCAGGAGUCUAGCCACAGCUGAAGGAAGUAACAGAUUAGCCACAAAGAGGCUUCCUUUGCCCUAAUUACUGAAUCUGGAGGCGUGUAAGAAAUGUAUAUAGAAAAGGUUUUUAAAUGGAAAGAUAUGAAAGAAACAUGCAGUGGUUUUCCAAAGAAUUGUUUUCCUCAUGUUUUUAGGUGAUGAUGGACAUGACCAGACAUAAUUCAGUUCCCAAAUUCAGGGCCACAGGAGUAUUUGCAAUGUUUCACGUGUUGAUGAGGCCGUCUUUAGUAUUUUUUUUUUUAAGAUUUUAUUUAUUUAUUUGACAGAGAGAGAUCACAAGUAGGCAGAGAGGCAGGCAG